GUUCGCCAAUCCUACAUUGGCAAAUGGGAGAAGGUAGAUAAUUACAGAUGGUCAAACAUAGACAUAGGAAGGGGAAAAUUCAAAGGAAAUCUUAAGUAUAUAAAUUGCGCGACGACGCUUUGCCGAUACUUGUGGGUCCUAAUGGAAGGUGUAGCGGCUGGCGUUGGUCUCGGCGCCGCAGAAGAUGUUUCUUCUACCACUCUCUUUUCUCGGUUGAGCCAUGCCGUUUCCCGCCGGUAUCAGCACCUUCUUGAUAGGUGUACCCCAUACAUCUUCUACCGUUGGAUCGCCUGCUUUUUCAUCGCCUCUAUCUAUGUCCUUCGGGUUUACCUCAUCGAAGGAUUCUACAUCGUCUCUUACGGUCUCGGUAUUUACAUCCUCAAUCUUCUCAUCGGCUUUCUCUCCCCUCAAGUGGAUCCUGAAAUCCUGGAUCUCAAUGAAGGCCCUGCGCUUCCUGUCAGGGAAUCCGACGAGUUCCGCCCUUUCGUUCGUAGGCUUCCGGAGUUCAAAUUCUGGUACUCCAUCACAAAAGCCUUCUGUAUUGCUUUUCUGAUGACAUUCUUCAAUGCAUUUGAUGUACCUGUAUUUUGGCCUAUCCUUUUAUUUUACUGGGUGGUGCUGUUCACUCUCACCAUGCGGAGGCAGAUAUCGCACAUGAUCAAAUAUAAAUAUGUUCCGUUCUCCUUUGGUAAACAGCGAUAUGAUGGAAAGGUUGCUGCUCCAAGUGACACCAAGAGCCUUCUGAAGGAUUGAACUCUUCGGGUAGAUUAAUAAUAGUAAUCAUUCCUGUCAAGUAGGAGAACUGGUAAACUCUAUUUAUGCUGCUGUAUUCUUGUUCACAGUUAGUUCGACAUGAGGAGAAGGCGGUAAGAGAUAAUUGUAAUGGAGAUAAGUUAGGCUGAUCAUCUGUUGGUUCUUCAUUUCCCUGAUCUUUGUACUUCUUUGGAUGUUCCUACGGAAGUUUCAGGAAGAUAGUAUGGGUCUGAAUUGUCCCCUUCUCUCCAUGACAGAUAUUUUUCAGUUGUAAAGAUGGAAAAUUGCUAUAAUCAUCUGUAGGAAAAGCUAAUUUAAAACCAUCCAAAAUCCUUUUGAGCUUGUUGCACGCGAAAAGCUGUCUCUGAAGAAGAAAGAAAAAGGGAAAAUGAUCAAGGCAGGUUUUGUUGACAAAUAAUUAAUUUCAGAUUUAUCAUAAUGAUUUUUUGCA